AUGUCAACAUUUAUGAAGGAUGGUUCAGGGAAUGUGUCAAAUGUUGAUGAUAAUGAAGCCAUCAACACAUCAGUGUUAAUACAUUGCAUUGAGGAAUCUCCUCAUAAUGCAGAAAGUAGUGAUGAUGAUGGUGAUGAUGAUCAUGAUGAUGAUCAUGAUGAUGAUCAUGAUGAUGAUGAUAGGAAUGCACAGAUUCCUAGAAAUGAUGAAGAAAAUGAUAAAACAGAGAGAGACUUGCAAGAUGGUGUAUGGUUGAAAGAAUUAUCAUCUUCAAAUGUUCAAAAAAAUGACAAAGUUGCUGCGGAAAAGCUGACUGUCUCUUCUAGCAAGGAUGAUUCAAUGUCUAAUUAUGUAGUGGUUGGAUUUGGUAAGAAAAAACCUGUAAAUCAAGAUCCAGAUCUUGUAGACAUCAAAUUCUUAGAGGAGACUGAACCUAACACUAGUAAAUCCAGUCAAAAUAUUUCCACUUAUUCUGAUAGCGGAACUCAGAGAAACGCAGCUGAUUUUGCUGACCCAAUGAAGAAGCUUGCUGCAAUGUUAAAAAUGAAGAGAAAAAAUUUAGAUUCCGAUUCUGAUAAUAGUGAUAAAGAUGAUAUUAUGGCAGAUGACAGUUCAAUGAACAGAGAUAGAGUUGAAAAUAACCCAAUGCAUACUAAUGUGCAGUUUAGUGUAAAGAAAAGAAAGGCCCCACCUCCUCCCUCGCAGAGUGUUUCAAAUGUAAAAGAAGAUGUGGAGAAAGACGACAACAUUACAGCGAAGAAGGAGAUAGCAAAUAAAGGUGGGUUUAUUAAAGGUUGUUGCUAUGUGUAG